AUGUCCCUCCAGAAGCUAUCGACGGAGCUUGAUGGCCAAAUCGCCAGCUGCCUCGUCGGCGACACUAAGGCUCUCAGCGCCUUCUCCAAGACGAACAAAUACUACCGAGGCAUUGCUGAGCCAUAUCUCUAUACGAAUAUCGAAGUGUAUGAAUCUGACCUUGAAAGACCACUGCGACUGCUCUUCACGUUGUUAGACCGCAAGGAACUCGCCCUUCACAUCAAGAGCUUGAGCUACAUACCAGCCCAGCAUUGGUCCUCUCACGACGCCGACAUAAAGCCGCCGACGAGGAAGAAGCUCCAAUAUGAUGUAUGGAAUUACACGCACGCGAUACAAGAGGUGCUGGAUGAAGUUCUCUCUCCAGAAUGCGGGUUCUCGGAAUUCCUCUCAGCAAAACUGACCUUGUAUUGUGAUAUUCUGACGGCUCCCAUGAAUCACUAUACAGCCAGCAAUCAGAUUUUCACGCUCAUUCUGUUUAUGGCGCAGAAGGUCCAGUAUCUAGAACUUGGUUCCAAAGAACCACCUACACAUGUGUUACGCCUUCUUUGGGCACCUUGGAGUGACGGCAAAGGCCCCUUCCAGAACGUUCAACAUCUCGUCCACAACGCCGGUCUUUCUCUGAUGCCUUCCAUCGUGGUAUUGCCAACCCUACGAACAUUAGAGUACAACGUCGGGUAUUUCGAUGUCGAAGCACGAGCGACUUCAUCCAUGUUCGCUUAUCCAUCCCCUAUGCCUGCGCAACCCGUCCUCCGCCGAAUUCGAUUUACGACAACUAGAAACAUCACUCCUGCUAUAAUCCAGAACAUGGUCAGCAACCCAGCAAUGGCCAACCUCCGAGAACUCGUAGUCGAUGACUGCGGACGCAGCAGACGCAAUCUGCCUCUCGCUUUGCGUGGCGACAACCUAGCCGAACUCCUGCGAAGCCUAGAGAAACACACCCCACUCCUAGAACUACUCCAGUGGUCAAAUCAGAAGUCUGACCGACAAGAAGGCCACCCAAGUUUCGAUACGUUCAAAGAUCUCACAAACCUCCGCCAGUUACACAUCGAUUUCGACCUCCUCGUCCCCAAAAGCGACACCAACUCCACCAACUUGAAGUGUCUAUCCAACCCUCACGCCGUCUUCCCCGCGAGCUUGGAAGAUCUGACGUUGGACUGCGUCGAUAUCGACAAGCUCCACCAUCUCGUCACCACAUUCCACGACACCAUUGAAGAAAGCGACGACAUGAGCGAAACUGAAGCACUCCAAAUCUGCCUCGCUUCUCUAGCCGCCAUGUUCCCUCCGCUAAGACGCCUCGCUCUUGUUGUGAUCAUGGAGAUGGAUAACCCGAGGGAAGAUGCACCCCGCCUGUAUGAAUUGGAUCCGACGGAUGUCACCUUCUUCCGGUAUGCGGCGGAUGAGCUUGAGAAGCUGGGUGUUACACUCGAGAUCUGGAGGAAAGAAGGGUAUUACGAGAAGGAGAAGAAGUUGCUGGUGAAGAAGGGGUGGACGGCGCCGUUGCCGCAUUCGGUGGUGAAGGCUCCUGUUUGGUCCGAUGGAUUCCGCAAGAGACCCAAUGAUGUUGACUACGAAGCCCCUCAACUGCAACAAUGGGCGUCUCUGCUACGAUCUAUUCGUCUCACCGCGGUAGAGAUCGUACUGGAACACCGAAAGAUAUUCGUCGACCGCCAUGACGAGCUCGAUGAGCACAUCAAAGCGGAUGCAGACGUCAAAUGCCCUCCAGAUAUACGAUUUCGCCAAGACGUUGUGAAGCAAGCUUUCACCGAAGACUGGCCAAAUCUCAAAACGCUAAUCUUUCGUGGCAUGAGCUCUUCCAAAGGCGACUACUGGCCUGAACCUGGACCAAAUGAGUCUCUAAGAAAGUAUACGACAAAGCUGUUACCAGGAGUUCAGGUGAAACAGAUCUUGGGCAACUACAUGUUCUUCGACACUGAACGUGGCACAAUUCUCAACCAACAUGGCGCCGACGGACUGAAAGUGCACCUCGAGUUCGAUGGAAAAUACGCUCUUGACGUAAUGUGGGAUAGUAGCAAUUUCAUGGAGAGUGACGAGUACGAGUUGAGAGAAAAUUCCAUAGACUACUUGUACCACUUGUCAACGCGCGAAUAG